ACUUAUAAAAUUUCAAAAUAUUGAGUUGUUAUUCAAAAAUUUCUGUGCUCUCUGAAGAGUUAGUUUCUAAAUCUCCUAUCCAAUGGAAUAGUUUACUAAAUUUUAACGUUAAAUAGAAAUCUAUUUAUAAUCUCAGUUCAAAAAAUUUAACGUUUAUUCUAUCCAAUAAUGAAAGAACUCGUAAGGAAAAAUGAAACCUCACCUGAAUCCGCUGAAGAAAUUCAAGAGCUGGCUAAUAAAGAUUAUACUGUAGAAUUCCCAAUAGACCUGAAUUUGGACUCUAUGAUUCAUAUAAGUCUACCCGAGAUUAUAUGGAAAAAUUUCAACUCAGUACCUUCCUCUAUGAAGAUUACUUAUACCGGAAAAUCAGUAAUUUUGACAACACACUGGGCCGAUAAGAAGAGACCAUUUAUAAGCGGAGGACCUCUCUUAGGCAACUACACGUUUUCCCAAUUACACUUUAUCUGGGGCAGAAAGGACUUUAUAGGUGGAAAGCAUACUUACAAUAAGAAAACAUUUCCUGUGGAAAUACACGCUUUAUUCUACAAAUGCGAUUACGGCAAAAGAACUGAGGCUCUAAAACACAAGGAUGGAGCGGUUGUACUCGUCUUUGCAUCGAAGGUGGAGAAAAAAGGUGACCCAGCAUUGGAUAAAGUAUGCAGCUACCUAUCAGCGCUAUCUGUGGGAGAUUUGGAGAACAAAGUGCAGAUGGAUCCACCAAUCGGAGUCGGCGAUUUGGUUCAUGAGUUUGCAUCGGACUAUUUCCUGUACUGGGGCUCCAUGACGGCAUCCUCAUGUAAUCAUUUGCUGCUAUGGUUGGUGUGCAGGAAACCGUUCUUGAUUAGCCAAUCACAGGUACAUCACUUUCGCAGACUGAUGACAGCCAAACAAAACCACAUAAUCAACAACAGUCAGAGCACAGCCAGAAUUCACCCGAAUUUCGGACGAGUUUUCCACAUUAAUCCAUCCAGAAAUCUCUCAGAUGUCCUCUACGAAUCAGACACUCCGCCAAAACCACUUCCCCGUAAAGAUUACAACAAAUUCCGAGCUAACCAUGGUUUUAAGACCGUCAACAGCCGGUUUACGAGGGGUUAGAAGUAAACUGACGUCUAGUGGGUACCGGCCUCAAACUGCGGGAAAGGUUGAAGGUUCGAGAAAAAUUCAGGAAAAAUCGAAAUCCAGUCUGUAUAAAGCUUUGGGCGGAGGUGAUUCGCAGAAAAUUCAAGAAAAUUGGAAAUCUAGUUUAGGUAAAGCUUUAGUGAAAGGUGAUUCACGAAAAAUUCAAGAAAAUUCCAAAUAAGAUGAACCUUGAGAUGAGAGAGAAACAAGGGGACCCAAAAUCUAAUUCAAGUACAGCUUUAAAUUUGAAAUCCGGGGUAUCAAUGAGAGAACGGGGUAGGACUGACUCCGAUGAUGAAAACAAGGAAAAAUUGAUAAAAAUCUUUGGAAAACCAAGGUGAGAAAUAGAUUCCAAAAGAAAGAAAAUUAUCAAGUUAAUUACUACUUUUCCCACAAGACAAUGAUGUACUUCUUUUUAAUUCCUCAAGUAGAUCAUUGUCUAGUGGAAAAAGUAGUUAACUUGAUAAUUUUUCUCCUUUUGGAAUUUGUUUGAAUGAUGAUAGGGACGUGGUGGGGAGAAAGUGAGGAGAAGGAAAGUGGAAAGUGAGGGAGAAAGAGAAGAAGACAGAGGGGGAGAAUGAGAUGCAGGGAGACGAAGAGGUGAUGAGAGAGAAAAGGAGGAAGAAAUGUGGAGAGAGAAGGAUCGAUUGGAGAGAUCGAAGGAGAGAUUUUUGCAUUCCACUGGGAAUUAUCAAUCCCAAUGUGAUUAUAUAGAAGCUUUCUGUAUAACCUAUAAAUAUAAUUAUUAUAAUUUUCUCUUUCGUAAUAAAUUUUCUAUGCUUUUGUACUCCAGAGCGAAGCUCGGUCACCCAAUAUUUUCUCUAAAUUGAAAUAAUAUUCUGACAUUCAUAUAAUGACAUUAUAAUGACAUUCAUAAAAUUUCGAUUCAGUCAUAUUUUUUAAUGGAAUUCAACGCUAUUUUUCAAAACAAAUCAUGAUUCUUGUUCAAUUAAACUUAAAAAUAUCUGAAAUGUACACUUUCCUGAAUAACAAAUACAUAUUUAUUCUCACUUAUGAAUUACACAACAAUCUGACAUCUCGGAUAUUCAUCCCUUCUUUGAAAAUGAUGACUUUUCUCUUAAUAUGAGUACUAUUGAAAGCCUCUGCUCCACAAUUUAUUUUAAUUAGGCUUUUGUCGUCUAGAAUGUGCUCUGAAUAAAACUCUUCUUUAACAACUUGU